CUUGUGCGCCACCUUCCACAUCUCUAACGGUAACCCCCCGCUAGGCUCACCCUGUCCCGUUUGUGACCCCACAGAUACACCUCAGACCCGUCUGUCAGCGGGCUUUACGUCAGUCUGACGUCGUUCUACCACCAACGUCUCUUUGGGCCGUCAGUAUGAUGUCGCUCUACCGUCAACCUGACGCCACUCUACGGCAGGGCGCGCAGGCAGACGCAGCUGAACCGUCAGUCUGACUCCGCUGAGCUGUCAGUGUCCUCUGACGUUCUACCGUCAGUCUGACGUUGCUCGCUUGACGCUUACUGUCAGUGAUGUCUGACGUCCCCGGCCGGCGUCCUGACGUGCCGGUGGCCGGUGGCAGACCUCCCAGGAGGAUGGAGGUCCUGCUGGAGCGACAGCUGGAGGUGGAGCGACGCCUGACCAAACUAGAGGAGCGGCGUCGGGAGCUCCAGAAGCGGGUCGAUCAGGAGACGCUCACCCCCGAGCAGCGGCUGGAUCAGGUGCGACGCAGGAACGCCGCGAUAAGAAAGAGAGCUGAAGACAUGGAGUCCAGAGCUCGACUGGCCAGCAUGAACCCGAUAUUUUUCCAGUUGGACGAUAUGAAACGUGACUUCUUGGCCUGGGCUUAUAUCCGGACGGAGCGGCACAAGGAGAGGGGCCGUAAAACGUAGGAAGUCGUCUAGCGAUAAGCGAAUUAAGGUUAUACCUACUUUUCGAAAUAAAGUGGAUUUUGUCAUCAUUUGUCAUAUUAUCAUUUGUCAUCAACGUCAUUACGGAGCGAGCGAAGCGA